UAAAUUCUUGAAAAAUGACUCAUGUAAUAAGACGGUCAUUAACGACGAAAUCUUUAAAAAAAUUAACGAUAGGUCUAAUACCAGCAGAUGGCAUCGGUAGAGAAGUUAUUCCCGCUGCACAACAAAUUCUUGAGGCAUUACCAACUGGAGCUGAUAAUCCAAGUUUUAAUUUUAUAUAUAUUGAUGCAGGCUUCGAAUAUUUUCAAAAACAUGGAACUGCUUUACCUGAAAAAACUUUGGAUAUUUUAAAAAAUGAAUGUAAUGGUGCAUUAUUUGGUGCCGUUAGUUCCCCAUCUCAUAAAGUUGCCGGCUAUUCUUCGCCUAUCGUGGCUUUGAGAAAACAUUUAGAUCUAUAUGCGAAUGUGAGACCCGUAAAAUCUGUCAUAUCUGAUAAAGAUCCUAGUCAAAAACCCGUAGAUAUUUUAAUUGUUAGAGAAAAUACUGAAUGUCUGUAUGUUAAACAAGAAAGACAACUAAUUGAUGAAUCCACUGGAUUAAAAGUAGCAUGGGCAGAUCGAAAAAUAUCUGAAUACGCAUCCAAACGAUGUGGUAAAAUGGCAUUUGAAAUGGCAUUAGGAAGAGACAAACUUCGUCAAAGUGUACCAUUGGAACAAAGAAUUUGGAAGUCAAAACCAAAAGUUACCAUUAUACAUAAAUCUAAUGUAUUAAGUAUUACAGAUGGAUUAUGGAGAGAAAGUGUCAGAAGUGUUAAAGAAAACGAACAUAAAUAUGAUGGCGUAGAUAUGGAUGAACAGAUUGUUGAUUCAAUGGUGUAUCGACUUUUCCGGGAACCCCAGGCUUUUGACGUCGUUGUUGCUCCAAAUUUAUAUGGUGAUAUUAUCAGCGAUGGUGCGGCAGCUUUGGUUGGAAGUUUAGGUGUCGUUCCGGGGGCAAAUGUCGGUGACAAUUUCGUAAUUGGCGAACCAGUUCAUGGAUCAGCGCCAGAUAUCGCGGGCCAAAAUAAAGCAAAUCCAAUCGCAGCAAUUCGUAGCGCAGGAUUAUUAUUAGAACAUAUGGGAUAUUCCGAACAAGCUUCUAAAAUUUAUAACGCGGUAGAUAGUGUAAUGAGAAAAGGUAAUAUUCUUACCCCUGAUUUGGGAGGUAGUUCAACAACUCAACAAGUUACCGAUGCCAUUCUUAAAGCACUUUAAUAUGUAUAUAUAUUAUAUUUCAAAAAAUAGUGUAUAGAAUUAUUAUUUAUUAGGCCAAUUUUAUGUUUAUUAUAAAAGAUCGAAAAAGUUUUUACCUGGGUUUACAUCCCAAGUAUGUAAAUAUGUAAACCAUUUUAUACCUGACAGUUAAAUCCUUUUAAGACAGUAGUAGUUAAGUAGUAAAGUAGUAAAUAAAGGAACUUUAAAAUUCUAACUUAUUGCAAUUGUUCAGAU